AUGGACGAUCAGGACGGUAUAUCCGUCCGACCCAUGAGGUUGAAAGUUUUAUACACAUUCGAUGACGAAAACAAAACGAACUGUUUGGCUCGUUGGCCGCAUUUGCUCGAUAUCCAAACCGCAUACCUAGACGAGCACACACAAAUUGGUGUCAUAGAGUUGAAGACAUGUAUACAGGCUAUUGUCUCCGCCAGUCCGGAGUUGGUAGCGAAACUUGGCCACGAUUACACCGUCUAUGCGUAUGACUAUUCUGAAUAUGAGACACCUCUGGUCGGUCAAGGGAUGUUGUCGUGGGUUUUGGCUUCGGCGUCGCCCACACCAAAUGCCCCCGCACAUCAAUCCAAGACAAUUGUCACUGGGCGUGUGAACAAGAAUGUCUUUGGACUCUUCUCCAAGGGCGCACAGGAAACACUUGAAGUCAAACUCCGACUUGUGCCCGUACCUACGGUUAUGCAAAGCGAAUAUCUCGAAAGUAUGCAACGCUACCGGGAACUGAGCAACAUUAUCCCUCAAGAAUUCGACGCUCAAGCAUGGUCAUCAUUCGUUCAACAAAAUCCCAACGUUUUCAACCAGCGCCCUCAAUUAACUGAGCGGAUUAAUACGUCAUUGGAUCAUGCUGGGAUUGAGAAGUUCCAUCAGCUUCUCAGCGCGGGUUCUACUCCUCGGGAGUUCCCAUCGACACAUCCAGAGUCAGCAGCAGGAUCACCGAUAGACCCCCAAAGUCGGUGCGACACCCCGAAUAAUAUCCAGCAAAGUGGCCAGCCACACCGGCAAAUGUCUGCUAUGGGGCACCAAAGAAGAGACAGUGACGUGUCCAUUCGUCCUCUAUCUCGUGCGUCUAUGCAUGAGCCCGAGAUCCAAAGACCGUCAACAGGAACCCGACGGGGCUCGAUGUACUCUGGGUAUGGAAGUGGCGAUGAGGGGAUGGAAAAUCCUCCUCGAAAGCGCGCGCGUCUUUUCAGAGCAAAUACGACCGGGAAGGAGGACUUGAACAUUGAAAAACUUCCAGGAUCUCUACGUGUAGCUGCAAGUACAGCAGCAUCGGUGCGAAUCCAUCGCCCAACACCUGUGAAUCCCAGCCAUGCCUCUCUUGCUAGGGGCGCGUUAGAAGAACCCAUUCGCCCUCCCACGCCAAUUUCGCGCGCAUCCAAUGAGACUGCUCGACGCAGUCGUCCUGCCCAAAGCCUUCUCCGCGAAUCAUCAAAUAACAGCAUCAUGACUUCGUACAAGUCACCUUAUGCCGUAUAUGAUGACUCACCUUCAACGGACCUUCCCGACACUUCGCCUGAUGACCAUCAUUACCAAGGCAUUUUCGAAUCUCAAAUUACUAUGCCCUCAUCUCCGCCAAUCAUGGAGGGUGGGUUCCCUAGUCGCUCGAGCCCGGUGCUCCCACCACUGCCAAUGCCUGAUUCUGGUUUUAUGAGUGCUACCCUUGAAGAUCUCAUGGACGAAGAUGGAUGUAUACGGCCAAAUAUUGAAGAAAGAAACUUGGUAUCAAUGGCCCAUGGUGAACAAACAGGAGAGAAUCGUCAAACUCCGGCGGCUCAUGACUCUGUCGAGCGCUGUUCUUCAGUGCCUCGGCCACCAAAUGAUAAUUUUUUAGAAAGCGACGGGCCAUAUGAAUCGAUUCCCAAGGAUGCGCCAGCUCUCCCGCCCCAGCGUGCAUCUACUGCAUCUCGACCUUCUUCCAGAGCAAGCACCAGAGCACCACAAAGGCUCGCACCGGCACCGAUAUCCCAAAGCGAAAUUGAGCAACUCAUGAAUUCAAUUCCCGCCAGUGACCCUGUCAUACCAGCCCAGGGAUAUCAGCAGCACACUCAUCAGUGGUCUGGUCCAAUGAGUGACAUGCCUACAGCCGAAACUCCAGCACCUCAGCUGUUUGAUGAGAACGGAAAAGUGCGAAGUGGAGCAGGUGCAAGAAGAGUGCGACAGGUCCAGGCCCGCCUAGAAAAUUGUAUUCGGGAAGGUCAGGUCCCACCUUACUGUAACAAUUGUGGUGCAAUUGAAACACCCACCUGGAGAAGAGCUUGGUCAAUGGAUCUUGAAGGAGGCGAGCAAGAUGCGAAUGAUGCUCUCAAGGACCCGCUCAUACUCUUUUGGACAUCCCUCAAAAAGAACAGUGACGAGAAAGUUAUUAAAUUCCGACUCUACAAGAAAACUCUCGUGGAUGCAGACAAAGGGUGGGAUCAGAUUCUCCUCUGCAAUCCAUGCGGUCUCUGGCUUCAAAAGUUCAAAAGUAUGCGCCCGGAAAACAAGUGGAACAAGCAACCCGCGAAAGAUAAACGCAAACGGUCUGCUCGAAGCCGUAAGGGCCCUUUGUCUGGAGGAGCAGUCGUCGCCACACGAAGUCGAAGCAAGGCGCAGGUCGGGCUUCCUGCUGGAUCCUCCCCAGCACAUACAGAUGCAUCUUCUCCCGCCGGGGAAAACGGUUCGCCGCCCGGUGAAGAUGGGGUUACUCCUGUCAUCGACAACGAGAACCAAGGCGAUAAUGAAAACGAAGGGGACGAACACCCGCCGGCGAAACGUGCCCGAGCCAGCAGCGCAGAACCAACGCGCACAACGGAUGCUACCCAAAGCCGAUGGGGUGAUAAUGCUGCCAUGGAAGCGUUGAAGCGGGCGAUUCAGUCGAGCCCAGCUCGCAAUCUUGAUUCUCGGGUCUUGAAGCUGAACGGAGAGAGUCUCACGCCAAAGCCUGUUCGAAGAGCUCUUUUCCCGAACGCGCAGGAUACCCCGUUGAAGACUUUGGGUGAGUCCUUGAUGAAUAGCCCACGUCGCAGCCCUCGCGUUGCCUCACGAGGUUCUGAGAAAACAGUGGCAGACAAAGAAAAUACUUCAUCUGCAGCUGAUCGUAACCUGGACGACUUGUUCAACAGUCCAUCCUUUGACUUCACAAUUCCAACAACACCCACGCCCAAACGACGAACACCUCGUUCUGAUCGGAGAUUAUCACUUCCUUAUUGCUCUCCGACGGCCAACCGAAACAAGAACGUGGCAAUAGUUCUGUCUCCGAAUACACAAGACAAAAAUCGAACGCCCCGCGCCGGUUCUGAGAAAGAUGCAUUCUCGGGUGUAGGAGACAUCGCACUCGAAGACCUAUUUGACUCAUGGCAGACGCUUCCAUCGGAUACCUACAAUCCAUUUUCUGACUGGUCUCCGUCGCAUGAAAAUAGCAAUACCGGGCUGCAGUUAGGCGGUCAUUAUAAUGACGACGCGGCCAUCAUUCAUGCCAUACUCUCAGAUGCUGAGAUGCAAAAAUCAACAAAUAUAGACGACUCCUUUCCAGCGAACACGAGUGUUCCAGACGCAGCGUUACCGGCAGUCACCAACAAAUUGGACGACAAUGUCAAUAAUACAGCAGGUGAAAAUGCACAGUCUGCUACCUCCACUUAA